AGCCCCCCACCAUUUGACCAUUUCCGAAAAUGUCGGAAAGAAAUAAUGACGUAGGAUUGUGAUUUUACAGAUAUACAAAUUUAACUCGUUUCAGUGUUAUUCGAUCGUGAAGUUUGUGAAAUUUUUACUAUAAUUAAAGUGCCAAUAGGAUAUUAAUUCUACAACUUAUAGUAUUUCUUCUAGUUUCAUGAAGAAUUCUUCACUCUAACGCACAUGAAAAUGUCAGACCAGUUUGGACCUAUAACCCUGAAAUGGGAUCCAAAGAACUUGGAAAUUCGUACGAUGUCCGUGGAGAAGACACUGGAGCCGUUGGUACUGCAAGUAACAACAUUAGUGAACACAAAAGGUCCAAGUAAAAAGAAGAAGGGAAAGUCGAAAAGAGCCAGUGCUCUCGUGGGAACUGUUGAGAAGGCAACUGCAAAUUUCAUCGAAAAAGGAGAACAAAUUGCUUAUGAGAAUCCUGAUAUUACCGCUGAAAUGCUGAGUGCAGUUGAGGAAGUCAAGAAGUCAGGCGAUACAAUGAGUAUCGCAGCUCGAGAAUUUUCAGAUGAUCCAUGCUCAUCUCUAAAACGUGGAAACAUGAUUCGCGCUGCAAGGAGUCUACUCUCGUCAGUGACUCGUCUGCUAAUACUAGCAGACAUGGUCGACGUGCAUUUACUUCUAAAGUCCUUGCAAGUGGUCGAGGAGGACUUGAAGAAACUACAAAAUGCCUCGUCUCAAGGAGAAUUGUUGGAGAAUAUCAAACAAUUUGGUAGAAAUGCAACUGAAUUAAUGAAUCAGGCUGCGAAACGACAGCAGGAAUUGAAAGACCCCCAACUUAGAGAUGAUUUGGCGGCAGCCAGAGCUGUGCUCAAGAAACAUUCGACAAUGCUGCUCACGGCGUCGAAGGUCUACGUCCGGCACCCGGAGUUGGCGGCCGCCAAAGCGAAUCGCGACUAUGUGAUGAAACAAGUUUGCGAAGCUGUCAAUACUAUCAACGACGUUGCUCAAGGGAAGCCUUCCAACAAUCAGCAUCCUUACGACGGUCCGGGAGAAUUGGCCGCCGCUCUCGACGAGUUUGACGAGAGAAUGGUCAUGUCUCCUCUCGCUUACAACGAGGUUCGCACUCGUCCGAGUCUGGAGGAGCGGCUGGAGAGCAUCAUCAGUGGAGCUGCACUGAUGGCGGACUCCUCCUGCACUCGAGACGAACGCAGGGAGCGCAUUGUCGCCGAGUGCAAUGCCGUGAGGCAGGCCCUUCAAGACUUGCUCAGCGAGUACAUGAAAAAUUUGCUGAUUGCUCGGGGUGGUAAAAGGAUGGGAGUGAAGGAACAAUCGGAAGGCCUGGAGCGUGCCAUUGAUCACAUGUGCAGAAAGACUCGCGAUCUGAGGAGACAAUUGCGUAAAGCAGUUGUGGAUCAUGUUUCUGACAGUUUCCUCGAAACUAGCGUGCCACUGCUCGUUCUGAUAGAAGCCGCUCGCAACGGACGCGACAAAGAGGUCGAGGAAUACGCUCUCGUGUUCACAGAACACGCCAACAAAUUAGUGGAGGUUGCAAAUCUUGUGUGCAGCAUGUCAGGAAACGAGGACGGAGUGAAAAUGGUUCGUUACGCAGCCGCUCAAAUUGAGAAUCUCUGUCCCCAAGUAAUAAAUGCUGCUCGCGUGUUGGCCGCACGUCCCCGUUCAAAAGUUGCCCUCGACAACAUGGAAGUUUUCCGUCAAGCCUGGGAGAACCAAGUUCGCGUCCUCACUGAGGCCGUGGACGACAUUACGACCAUCGACGAUUUCCUGGCCGUCUCCGAAAAUCACAUUCUCGAGGACGUGAAUAAAUGCGUUCUGGCCCUUCAGGAAGGCGACGCGGACACACUGGACAGGACUGCGGGGGCGAUUCGGGGACGCUCGGCUCGCGUCUGCAAUGUCGUUCAAGCCGAAAUGGACAACUACGAACCCUGCAUCUACACAAAGAGAGUUCUCGAAGCUGUCAAAGUGUUGAGGGAACAAGUCAUGCCAAAGUUUGCUCAAAGAGUGGAAAUCGCAGUCGAUGCGCUGGGCAGUAAUCCUGCCAAGGACGUCGACGAGAAUGAUUUCAUCGACGCUUCUCGUCUCGUCUACGAUGGCGUUCGAGAAAUAAGACGUGCCGUCUUAAUGAAUCGGGCCGACGAGGAUUUGGAUCCAGAAGAUGUCGAAUUAGAUGAGCACUACACACUUGAAACGAGAAGCAAAUCAAGCGCACAAACCGGCGAACACGGUGUUGACGAAUAUCCGGAAAUCAGUGGCAUCACAACAGCACGCGAAGCAAUGCGUAAAAUGCCCGAAGAGGACAAGCAGAAGAUUCUCCAACAAGUGGAAUUCUUCAGAAGUGAAAAAUUGAAAUUCGAUAAGGAAGUCGCCAAGUGGGACGACGCCGGAAACGACAUUAUUGUUCUUGCGAAGCACAUGUGCAUGAUCAUGAUGGAAAUGACAGACUUUACGCGUGGCCGUGGACCACUGAAGACAACGAUGGACGUUAUAAAUGCGGCGAAGAAGAUUUCCGAAGCCGGCACGAAACUUGACAAAUUAACGAGACAAAUUGCUGACCAAUGCCCCGAGAGUUCGACCAAGAAAGAUUUACUCGCGUAUUUACAACGCAUUGCCCUCUACUGUCACCAAAUGAACAUCACCAGCAAAGUGAAGGCGGACGUUCAGAAUAUCAGCGGAGAAUUGAUCGUUUCUGGUUUGGACAGUGCCACGUCUUUGAUUCAAGCGGCUAAGAAUCUGAUGAACGCUGUCGUUCUCACGGUUAAGGCGUCUUACGUCGCAUCGACCAAGUAUCCGAGGCAAUCGACUGUUACGUACUCGCCAAUCGUUGUUUGGAAAAUGAAAGCUCCCGAGAAGAAACCUUUAGUUCGACCAGAACGUCCCGAGGAAGUGAGAGCAAAAGUUCGUAAGGGUUCACAGAAGAAGGUUCAAAAUCCAAUUCACGCCCUUUCCGAAUUCCAGAGUCCAACAGAGAGCGUAUAAAAAUUUACAAGUUGUGAAAAAACAGAAACUUGCUGAAAGUUUACGCAAUCUUAAAUCCAAAUACAAGGUAACAUAUCGUUUUAUGUUUUAAAAAUACCUAAGAUAUAUACGCGUCUUUAUUCACUUUUUCUAACUUGUUUUCCAAAUGUCAGUAAAGAUUAAGAUAAAAUGCAAGUAUUGUAAGGAAAUAAAAAACAUAUGAACUUAUUCAAAUUAUUUUUCUUUUCUAUUCUUGAAGAGAAAAUUUCUGAUAUUUCUAAAGAAAAUAUUAUUGUAAUUAU